ACUUGAACUUGAGCGUGUUUAGACAAGAUUUCGUAUUUCCAAGAUCAAUUUUACAUUGAAAAUACCUAACUUGUUUACGUGAGAAAUUGGAUUUAUAUGAUAUUGAAUAUAAGUUUAUCGUUCUACGAUUAACAUGGCCAGACCUAAAGCCGAGAAAGAUGACAAGAAAGUUAAUACCAAAAAGCGUAAGUCUAAAAAGGAUCAAAAUUCUGAACCGAACCAAAAUACCACACCAAAACCAAAAAAAACUAGAAAAACAUGUGUAGAAAAAAUUGCAAUGUCCAAACAACUGUCUGAGAAAUUAGCUUCGAAAUCUAGAACUCGGAGUAACUCCAAAAGCACUCAACCAAGGGUUUGUCCUAAUGGCAAACCAAUGCCGUCAUUAGCUGAGUUGGAAAGAAUGUUUGAUGAUUCCGAUGGUGAUGAGGAGACACCUUCCACGUCGACUGCACCCCAGGAUAGAUGCAAAACUCCAGAAGUUCCAAUUUGUAUUAGCGAGGAAAAACUCACUUCACCCACCACAUUAAAAGUAUUAUCGGAAAAAGUAAUGGAAAUCAUUUCAAAGAAUAUCUUGCCAGAUGAUGCACCUCCUCCACCUGUUGUGCCACCAAAAAAACGAAAGAAACCAGACCAGCCAUACAUAGUUGGGUGUAAAGAUCGUCAUCAAAUAGCUAACUGGCGUUCCAGUGUUGCUAUAGGUACAUCUUUUGAAAAGUUCGGCAUUGAGGAGCCAAAAUCAAACACAGAUUCAGAAGAUGAUUGUCCUGUGAAGCGCUCUAAAAGAUCAGCUAAUGGUCAAUCAAUAUCAAAGUCAAUUUUCAACCCAAAAAGUGAAGAAAUAGCAGCAAUGUGGAAAAAAUAUGAGAAUGUUGACUUGCAAAGUGAUAACAGUGGUGAUAGUAAUAAAACAGUAACAUAUUGUAAUUCACCAUCUCCCAAUACGAAAUUAAGAUCAUUUUCUCCACUUCCAAGUACCUCCAAAGAUAAUGACACAUUUAUACAAAAUGACAUGAGGUAUCAUGAAAGCUUGAUGGAAGAUAAUUCUGUGACAAAUGUCCCAGAAAAUGAUGUAGAAGUUAUUGAUGUACCAUGUGAAACCAUCAUAGUAGAUGAUGAAAUACCAAACACAAAUAGUAAUGAGCAAGGGCCCAAAUCAGAUAUCAUAGAAAUCAAACAUUCUCCACCUCCACCUUCCCCUGAUGUCUUUGAAGAUGACAUGUACAGCUCAAUCAUAAUUGAUGUUGACCAAACAUAUAAUGAUACUGAUUGUGAAAUAAUAGAUGUUGAUGAUGUCAUAGCUGAAAAUAAAUCAAUAAUUGAAAAGUACAAAAAGUCUAAUGAUGAUGUAGUCACCUUAGUUGAGCCAAAUACCACCAAAAUUGAAAAAGUUGACACAAGUGAAUCCAAGGAUUGUACAGUCACAAAUACAAAGAGAAAUUCUAUUGAGGGCAUAGUAACUGAUUUCUUUAGGAAUCAAAAACCAAAAGGGGUUGGAAACAGUUGUUCAGCAAUAAAUUCAAAACCUAUUGAAACAAUAGACUUGUCCAACUCAGCUGACCAAAACCUGUUUAAAGGAGUGAUUAAUACUGUAGUGGCAUUAGCUCAGUCUAUUGGAAAUGCAUUCUUGCAAAGACAAAAUGGAAAUGUUAUUGAUACAAUAGAAUUAGAUGAUAGCACUAGACUUGAUGAUUCAGUUUCUGUUGUGCCCACUUCAAUAUCUGACAAUAGCCUAAGUGUACAAAACAUGCCUCCUGAUAAUUCUGUGAUAUUAGUUAAUAGUGUCUUGGAUGACAAUGUCCAUACAAAUAAUAUAACACCGCAAAAGAGGGGUAGACCAAAAAAAACAAGAGCUGUAGCUGCCUCUUCAGCCCCACCUCAACCCGCAAGUCCAAAUACACCUGUAAGAAAUAUAGGAGACUGCCCAAUAUGUAUGGAGAAUCUCUCCAACAGAACUGUUGCAUCAACAAUCUGUGGCCACAUAUUCUGUAUGCCUUGUAUACAGGCGGCAACAAAGACCGGUGGGAAAAAAUGCCCAACCUGUAGGAAAGCUUUAAGAGGUGCUGGAUUUCACCAACUAUUUUUAUAAUCAAUAUUUUGUGUUACCAAUAAGUGGUUUUAUGAUGAUGCUGAUUUUAAUAGUAUUUAAUUGAAUUGAUAAUUCCGUAAUUUGUUUCCAUUGUAAUAAUUUAUAUUUAAUAUCAAAAAAUUUCAUGCCACAUCCAUUUUUCUAAUGUUUCUAGGAUGUUGUUAAAGGUUUUAAUUUUUUUAAUGUCAACUAAAGUGUUAUUUUAAAACAUGCAGGUACUUUUUUGUAGGUACAAAAUUGACAACCUAUAGGUAAAAUUUCUGUGAAAAUAAAUGUCUGUUGUUUUUCAAUAUCAAGUGUUGAUGUCAUUUGCUAUUGUAGGUAUAUGUAUAAUUGUAUGUUCUUUAUCAGUAUCACAAUCAUAAUGAUGUGAAACACUUAACAUUACAAAAGUAUAAAGAUAAAGAUGCUAUAAAUUUGUAAUAUGUAGGUAACUAUUAGAUAAUUAUUUUCCAAACAACUUUACUGUCAUUAGUUGAAUUUCAAAAAUUUUUUUUUCCUGGUUUUAUUGUUUAACUACUCACAUCCCACUGAUGAUCCAUGUUUACACCUAUAAUUGUUUCAAAUUUCCCAGGAUGUGAGUGGUUAAACAGUAAAACCAGGGUUAAAAUAUGUCCUAAAAGUGGUUCUACAGAGCUUGGUAGAACACCUCAUAAUAACUUACGCUAUGGCUAUCCAGUGCACUUUUAGAACAUGUGUCUUGUUUGUUAUUCAUUAUUAAUUUUACCAAUGUCAUGAAGGUACCUGAUAAACGGUUAAUUCUUAUGUUUUAAUUAUAAAAUCUGUGAUUUAAAAAGUACAUUUUAAUAUUUUGAAUUAAUAAUGCGGGUUAAUGAAUAAAUACUAUUUGAUUAA